GUCAAGAGUUUCAUCAGAGCACUACACUAGCAAUGCGAGUGGCGCACGUGGACCGCAAACUCUCCCGGCGACUUAAAAAAAAAAUGUUAAAAGGCAUUUGAUUUGCUGGAUAUACAGUUUCACACAGUUUACAAUUAUGUUUCGUUAGUCUUGUGUUUAUUCCGAACAAGAAAAUGUGCCGUAUGACGCUGUAAAUUUGAGCUCACGCUAAAUUAAUUAGUAGUGAGAAUGUGGGAGCUGUCAGAGUAGUUUUUUUUAAGAGUCACUCCACAUUAUUUGACCUCAUUAUGGUGGACAAGGGUCCCCUUCUGACUUCGGCUAUCAUUUUUUACCUGUCCAUUGGGGCAGCAAUAUUCCAAGUCAUCGAGGAACCGAACUGGGAGAUCGCAGUAAAGAAUUAUAAAGCAGAAAAGGAGAAAAUAUUGAAACAAUUCCCAUGUCUUACAAAGGCUGACCUGGACCACAUUCUAGAGGUGGUGUCUGAUGCUGCAGGACAAGGCAUCACCAUAACAGGAGACAAAACCUUCAACAACUGGAACUGGCCCAAUGCUGUCAUCUUUGCAGCUACAGUUAUUACAACUAUAGGUUAUGGAAAUAUUGCUCCCAAAACACCUUCAGGGAGGGUUUUCUGUAUUUUUUAUGGUCUUUUUGGAGUGCCACUGUGUUUCACAUGGAUCAGUGAACUUGGAAAGUUUUUUGGUGGAAGAGCUAAACACCUUGGGCAAUAUCUUACUAAGAAAGGGGUAACAUUGCGGAAAACACAGUUCACCUGCACAGCUGUCUUUCUGUUAUGGGGUGUGUUGGUGCAUUUGGUGAUUCCUCCAUUUGUAUUCAUGUCUCAAGAAGGCUGGACCUAUAUUGAGGGCUUGUAUUUUUCUUUUGUCACUUUGACAACUAUUGGAUUUGGUGAUCUUGUAGCAGGUGUUGACCCCAAUGCUGCCUACCCUACUCUGUAUCGGUACUUUGUAGAGGUGUGGAUUUAUCUUGGUCUGGCAUGGCUCUCUUUGUUUUUCAACUGGAAGGUGCGCAUGGUUGUGGAGGCUCACAAAGCUCUAAAGAAGCGCCGUAAAAGGCGCAAACUUUCUCUGGAUGAAUUACAGCGCAUCAAGGAAAGUCACAAGACCCUACAUCUGCCACCAACUCCCAAUAAUGCCAACAUCUUUAGCUUCCUGUCCAAGAGAAAAGAAUGUUAUAAUGACUUAAUCAAGCAGAUAGGUGCCGAGAAGGAAGGAGAAGAUCAACGUGUCAGCUUAGUCACCGGCAGCAAGAAUAAAGCACCAAACCACUCGAAGAGCUGCAGUGAUAGUCUUUCCAUUCAUGGAAAUUCCAUUCUCAGUCUAGACCGCUCACCUCGACAGAAGCGCCGCUAUAGCUUCAGUGACAGAGUUACUGUAGCUCUCUCAAAAUCCAAGAGCUACCUUCUUAGCCAAGAGGAAUGUCUUCUCAUGAAUGAAAUGCACGGGGAAGGAGAAACAGACACCGACCUAGACUGUAUAAGAAUGUAUGAGAAUCAGUUGGACAAGGAGGCAGGAGAGAACCAUAAAGGUCUCAAACCUAGAGGCUGCAGCGAUGGCCGGAUCACAUGGGACUCCAAAAGUUACCAGACCCUCAUGUUUCCCAAUGCCAACAUUACCUUCAUUGAUGAAGAGAAUUUGCUAAUCAACAACUUGGAGGAUGAUGAUAAUGAAUUUAUACCGAAGUUCUCAACUGCUGAUGAGACGGAUUUCAAAAAGGGACAGGGCUCAGAAUCGGAGACCUCCGUAUUCACCACAGAAGGGUUGGACCAUGGCCACUCUUAUGAACAGCUGGUGGAAGAGUAUUCCAAAGAGGACAACACUGACAUUUGAUUCUGUCUCCUUUCUUCCUUUCUUAAAACUCUAAAGUUUUUCUUUCAUGAAAAAUAACAUUUUACUCACACCCCAUUUACACUUUUCAAAUGGGAUUUUACAUUAUAUAUAUAUAUAUAUAAUUAAUGUUUUGUUUUGAUUGUUUUGCAAGUGAUACAACAGAUGUGUCUAAACUGCAGGGUUUAAUAUUCACUAUGACCUGGAUCACUAACAAUGCAUGUUCACUGCAUGUUUUUUUCCCCCACCAUAUUGGUGGAAUUUUUUUUUCUUUCUUUUUUAGAUAAAGAAAGAGAAAAAACUGUCAACCUGUCAAAGCUUAAUCCUUAUUGGAUGUUGAACCUAUUUUUAUUGUCUUCCAUUUUAGCCCAAAGUUUUCUAUUGGGUAACCAUGUUGACCUGUUAGGUUUUAACUUGGGAUUUGUUUUAAAUGGUAUGUCAUGAUUUGACUUUUUAACACUGUGAUUUUUAUUCCAAGUCUUUUAUUGAUGCAGGCAUUGUUUUUAUGUUCCUAAAAUGUGUUAACUCCUAACUGUCAAUAAGAUGAUAAUCCACACUGAAAAACUCUAUGGGCCUUGCUCUGUGUAGAGAAGUCAAGUCAAGAAGACCGUAUUUGAAUAGGCCCAAGAUUACAGGAAAUCAGCCAAGAUAACAGGAAAUUAUUGCAGUGGCAGUUUUACUAACAUAAUAAUGACUGUUUUAGUGUCUGACUCACGUGUUGACAUUAUGCUGGUUCCAUGUUGACAUAAAACCAACAUACAAAAUAACCAUUAUAAUACUCCAAAGGAUUAAAAAAUAAAAAUUCUAGUUGUGGUUUUCUCACAUGAUUCUCUUGCAUCAUGAUACUGAAUGCCCCUUGUGUGUAGCGAGUUGCAUCCUGAGUCAUCCUGUUGCAGAUGUAAAUGUGUUUUAAGAGCGAUCUCCCUUAAUAAUCUUUUGGAUUUUCUUUCUUUCUUU